AUGCAACAUGCUGCCGAGAUUAGUGCUGGCGAUGCAGCAGAUUCGAAAAUUGAACGAGCCAAAAGACAGCGUGAUUACUUCUUGCAACAAACUUCAGCUGGCGCACAGCUUUCGGCUACAUUUAAAACUGGUUUCGAUUAUGGUGUGAGUGCGGCAAUUGCUCUGAAACCAGCUAAUGUAAAGAAAACGUUUAACACUGCUGCUGCUACAAUCAAGUAUAAGCUUCAUUUGUUUCUUUUUUCCAAAAUUCAAAGUUCAUACUCAUUCUAA